GGCGGCACAGGCGCAGGCUCUGGAACCGGAACUGGAACUGGGCCCGGGACAUCCGGCAUUGUUGGGACCUCUCGCGUCGCGCCCCCUAUUGCGACGGCCCAAUUGCCCUCCCCCAACGCUGCCAUCGACCCGUUAUCUCAGCACAUUUUCAUGAGAACGAACACCGACCACUCCAUUCCUCCCCGCUUACGGAAUCCCGCCCGAUCCGAAAGCCCGAUCCAAAUGGCUGAAGGGCUUGCCCGACACAGCUCAGACCUCUCGGUAAAACAUGCGGCGUUGGCGGGCGAUGCGGCCAAGGACAAGAGUAGGAGAGGGCCCUCCUUUCUGAGUCGGCUUAGCAUGCGCGGCAGCAGAAGGAAGGACGCCGGGGACUUGGAUUCGGACUCCGAGAUCGGGAGUGAGCUCCGAAUGGACGGUGUCAAUGCCUCCGUCUUUAGUCAGGCACUGUCCCGCCCCCUCGCUGGCGGCGGUUACGUCCCGAUACACAAGGAGCCGCCGAGAUACAUACGGACGAGAGCCAACAACAAGAAGACGCGGGAGUUCAAUCGCAUGUUCCUGGCGCAGGAACUGGUGGGAACGAAACCGGUGAAAAAGGACGACGAGACCUCGGCCGACGGGAGCAAGACGCCUGUCAUUACGGUCAGCACAGCGACGGCUAGCGGGCGGAAGGCGGCCAAGACGGGUGGCGCCAUCUGGGCAACCGAGUUCAGCAAGGAUGGGAAAUACCUCGCCACUGCCGGGCGCGACCGUGUUGUCCGGAUAUGGGCCGUCAUCUCGACGCCCGAGGAGCGACGGGCGCACGAGGAAGAGGAGCUUGCUAACGGCGGUACUGGAGAGAGGCUUAGUGCGCCUGUAUUCCGCAACCAGCCGAUCCGAGAGUUCGAGGGGCACACGGGCGAGGUGUUGGACUUGAGCUGGAGCAAAAAUAACUUCUUGCUGUCGUCAUCCAUGGACAAGACGGUCAGGCUGUGGCACAUCAGCAGAGCCGAGUGUCUCUGCACGUUUAAGCAUAAGGACUUUGUCACUAGGCUGGCAUUCCACCCCCGUGACGACCGCUUCUUCCUUGCUGGCUCGCUCGAUACCAUGCUACGGCUGUGGAGCAUCCCAGACAAGGCGAUUGCAUUCUCGGCGCAGCUGCCCGACCUCGUCACCGCCGUCGGCUUCUCCCCAGACGGCAAGACGGCCAUCGCCGGCCUUCUCAACGGGCUCUGUCUGUUCUACGACACCGAGGGCCUAAAGUUUCACACGCAGAUACACGUACGGUCGUCGCGCGGCAAGAACGCAAAGGGAAGCAAAAUCACAGGCAUCCACACCAUGGUGAUUCCUCCGUCAAGCCCGGGCACCAUGGCUUCGCCCAAGGCGCCAAGCGUCACCUCGGUGUCCCGCGCCUCCACCGACAUUGCGCGCCAGGGAGAAGUCAGGGUGCUCAUCACAUCGAACGACAGCCGUAUCCGGAUAUACAAUCUGCGCGACAAGUCUCUUGAGGUGAAGCUCAAGGGCCACGACAACGCGUGCAGCCAGAUCGCGGCUUCUUUCUCAGACGACGGGAAUUAUGUCAUAUGCGGCAGCGAGGACCGCAAGGCAUUCAUGUGGAACCUCACAGGAAACGAUGCCGCGACACAAGACAAAGACAAGUCUCCUUGCGAGUUUUUCGAGGCGCAUGGAGACAUGGUCACCACAGCGCUGUUUGCGCCAACCAAGACAAGGAUGCUCCUGGGCCAGAGCGGCGACCCCAUCUAUGAUCUGUGCAACCCGCCGCCAGUGACGCUGCUCAGUCUUGAAGAAGCGGCCAGCGCGGCGGCCAGCGCGGUGGCGCUAGGUACCGACGCACCACACACGCCGGCGAUUUCGGAGGCAGUCACAAACGUCACUAAAGGACCUGAGCCGAGCCCCGCGUACCUGGCGAGAUCAACACAUUACGACGGCAACAUAAUUGUCACGACUGACGACAUGGGCAUAAUUAAGGUUUUCCGCCAGGACUGCGCUUAUGCCAAGCGCAGACACGACAGCUGGGAUACCGGCAGCACCUUCAGCCGCAAGCUGACUACUCACAGCGGUGCCUUCGUUGGGGGAGGCAUAGGGCGCAGCGUCAGCGUCCUUACCCGGACAAGCGCUGGCAGCGCCGCGCACAGCAGGAGAGGGUCUCUCAGCCAGUCGAUGGGGCCGGUUACGAUGGGAUCUCCACAGCUCGGCGCCGUCGGCGCAAACUCGGAUCGCAUCUUGAGCUGGCGCCAGGAUAUCGAGAACGGAGGCAAUCGGCGCACGAGUGCGACAACCACGGGCGAAGGGACGCGCAGUGAGCGCUCUCUGAGCCCGACCAAGGCAACCAGGACUCCCCUCAGUUCCAGCGCCAUCAACCUGGCCAGUGACGCAAGAAAGCAACCGUACGGGGGGUCAUCGCCGGCCGCGAAUCGGAUACACAGCACCCUGACAAGUCCGACAGCGAGCGUGUUCAGCACGCCAGAAAAGCUGCCCAUGCGGGCCGUGAAAGAGAGGGACAGAAAAGAGAUGAAGGAAAAGGAGAAGGACGAAGCCCCGCCAAAGGAGGAAGAAGAGGAGGCGAUACCGGGCUUACCCACACCGAGUUUUACCUUUCGCCCUGCU